AUGGCACGCUACGUUGGCAACGCCACCAUCUAUGCUCACCUCGUGAGUGCUGCUCACCUCGUGAGUGCUGCUCACCUCGCGAGUGCUGCUCACCUCGCGAGUGCUGCUCACCUCGCGAGUGCUGCUCACCUCGCGAGUGCUGCUCACCUCGCGAGUGCUGCUCACCUCGCGAGUGCUGCUCACCUCGCGAGUGCUGCUCACCUCGCGAGUGCUGCUCACCUCGCGAGUGCUGCUCACCUCGUGAGUGCUGCUCACCUCGUGAGUGCUGCUCACCUCGCGAGUGCUGCUCACCUCGCGAGUGCUGCUCACCUCGCGAGUGCUGCUCACCUCGCGAGUGCUGCUCACCUCGCGAGUGCUGCUCACCUCGCGAGUGCUGCUCACCUCGCGAGUGCUGCUCACCUCGCGAGUGCUGCUCACCUCGCGAGUGCUGCUCACCUCGCGAGUGCUGCUCACCUCGCGAGUGCUGCUCACCUCGUGAGUGCUGCUCACCUCGUGAGUGCUGCUCACCUCGUGAGUGCUGCUCACCUCGUGAGUGCUGCUCACCUCGUGAGUGCUGCUCACCUCGUGAGUGCUGCUCACCUCGUGAGUGCUGCUCACCUCGUGAGUGCUGCUCACCUCGUGAGUGCUGCUCACCUCGUGAGUGCUGCUCACCUCGUGAGUGCUGCUCACCUCGUGAGUGCUGCUCACCUCGCGAGUGCUGCUCACCUCGCGAGUGCUGCUCACCUCGCGAGUGCUGCUCACCUCGCGAGUGCUGCUCACCUCGCGAGUGCUGCUCACCUCGAGAGUGCUGCUCACCUCGCGAGUGCUGCUCACCUCGCGAGUGCUGCUCACCUCGCGAGUGCUGCUCACCUCGCGAGUGCUGCUCACCUCGCGAGUGCUGCUCACCUCGCGAGUGCUGCUCACCUCGCGAGUGCUGCUCACCUCGCGAGUGCUGCUCACCUCGCGAGUGCUGCUCACCUCGUGAGUGCUGCUCACCUCGUGAGUGCUGCUCACCUCGUGAGUGCUGCUCACCUCGUGAGUGCUGCUCACCUCGUGAGUGCUGCUCACCUCGUGAGUGCUGCUCACCUCGUGAGUGCUGCUCACCUCGUGAGUGCUGCUCACCUCGUGAGUGCUGCUCACCUCGUGAGUGCUGCUCACCUCGUGAGUGCUGCUCACCUCGUGAGUGCUGCUCACCUCGUGAGUGCUGCUCACCUCGUGAGUGCUGCUCACCUCGUGAGUGCUGCUCACCUCGUGAGUGCUGCUCACCUCGUGAGUGCUGCUCACCUCGUGAGUGCUGCUCACCUCGUGAGUGCUGCUCACCUCGUGAGUGCUGCUCACCUCGUGAGUGCUGCUCACCUCGUGAGUGCUGCUCACCUCGUGAGUGCUGCUCACCUCGUGAGUGCUGCUCACCUCGUGAGUGCUGCUCACCUCGUGAGUGCUGCUCACCUCGUGAGUGCUGCUCACCUCGUGAGUGCUGCUCACCUCGUGAGUGCUGCUCACCUCGUGAGUGCUGCUCACCUCGUGAGUGCUGCUCACCUCGUGAGUGCUGCUCACCUCGUGAGUGCUGCUCACCUCGUGAGUGCUGCUCACCUCGUGAGUGCUGCUCACCUCGUGAGUGCUGCUCACCUCGUGAGUGCUGCUCACCUCGUGAGUGCUGCUCACCUCGUGAGUGCUGCUCACCUCGUGAGUGCUGCUCACCUCGUGAGUGCCGCUCCCUCCUUGAACUGCGGCAGUGCCAGCAGCUCCCUGGGAGGAGUCACGUCCUGCAGAACCCCCUGUAUAGAGGCACCACGCGUGGGGGAUAAGGGGGUGAUGGCAGGGAUACACAAAACGGAAAGGAACAUGUCAGUGAGGAGGAGCCCUCCUGCGAGCCGGGGCAUGUGA